ACUCAUCCACAAAAGAGGCACUCAAAUACAUUUUCAAGGAUCUUUCAGCUAAACUGGCUUCUGACGUGCUGGUAUUCAGGAUUUGUCAUAGCUCAGUAUAUUUGUGGCCAAACAGUGGGAUGAAUUCCAUGGCAACUGAGCUUUCAGAUGACUCUGCCUGCAAGGAGAUACUACAGUUUAUUCAAUUUGAACAAGAGGGCACCAAGCAGAGAUUUUCAAAAAAGAAAGAUAAAAAGUUACGAGAGAUGCCAUCAAUAGUAAAUAUUGAUCUCAUGUUGGAAAUUACAACCUCAUUAGAGCCUUUGGCUCCAGUAAUUGAAAAAGAAAGCAAAGAGCAUCACUACAUUAGCAUGACAUUACCAGUUGACGUUGUGGUCUCUAUUUCUCCUGAAGAAACAUGGCGCAAUGUAAGAAGCCUCCUAGUGAAUGCAAUUCACACACAGCUAGCAGAUAUGGAAAGAUGCAUUUUGCAACAUAUGAGAGGAACAUCCGUUGUGGUGCCCGAACAAUUUCAUUUCAUGUUACCAGGAAAAAAGCAUCUAGUAACAGUUUCGUUUCCUACAGGCAUUUCUGAUGAUCAGCUGGAGACUUACCGAAAGGAAUUACACGGGCAAUUUAAUCUACCGCUUGAUAGGCCUUAUUUCCGAAGAGCUAAUGCCUAUCACUUUCCUGAUGAAUCUUUUAAAGAUGGUUAUCUCAGAAACCCACAUCUACAUCUCAAUCCACCUGGAAUAGAGUCUGGUAUGGUGUAUUUAGUGUAUGGCACAUAUAGCUAUCAUCAUUACAUGCAAGAUUGUAUUGAUGAUAAUGGAUGGGGCUGUGCUUAUCGAUCUCUACAGACUAUAUGUUCCUGGUUCAAGCAUCAGGGGUACGCAGACAGAGGAAUCCCUACACACAAGGAGAUACAACAGGUAUAGAUGUUUUUU